AUGAUGAUGAAGAGAAGAUCCCCUUUCUGCUUGGACUUGUGCCCCUUUUAUAGUUCUCCUGCGAGUGCUCGUAUCUCGCCUGCUUCCAUGAUCUUCGGGAUCUCCUGCUGCACGUGCUCCGGAUUUAGUGGGAUCUCCACCGAGCAACUAACUCCGGAUUUCUCGGGAUUACGCCGAACGACCUUGACUAAGUGUAUGCGAACUCGAUCGAGUCGGUCAACAGAAGACUUGGUCGAGCUAGACUUCACACGGGUAGAAAGAGAUAGUCAGAGGGGAAUGGAAACCCUUUGGGCAAUGGACUCGGUCGAGCUAGGCAAACUCGACCGAUUGGUCAAGGAGAUGCUCCAAACCGCCACCAACAGAGACAAGGGAUUGUUCCACCACCAGUGCAGAACCACAACUUUGAGAUCAAGCUGGGAAUGA